CUGGUGUCGCCCGGAAAGCGCUCCGCCGCGUGCGUGCGCGAGCACGGCGGGCGCUCGCCGCGGGCUCCGGGGGAGCGGAAGACGCGUGGACCUGAGCGAGGACCCGCGGGCUUGCAGUGCACCUAUGAUAAUGUGUUUUAGAAAUAGAUGUUAAACUUCAGUUUGAAUGAAAAAUGUCUCUCAGCCCACCUAUAUUUCUUAAAGAAAGGGAAGAAAAUAAUUCAAGAUUUGUGGAAAUACAACAACCACAAACUACUUCCAUAGCUGCGGAAGAUCCUCUUCAAAACUUACGCUUAGCAUCGCAAGAAGUUCUUCAAAAAGCUCAGCAAAAUGGAAGAUCAAAAUGUCUUAAAUGUGGUGGUUCAAGAAUGUUCUACUGCUAUACAUGUUAUGUCCCAGUUGAAAAUGUACCUGUGGAGCAGAUGCCACUUGUGAAGCUUCCACUGAAGAUUGACAUCAUUAAACAUCCAAAUGAAACAGAUGGCAAAAGUACUGCUAUACACGCGAAACUCUUAGCACCUGAAUUUGUAAAUAUUUACACGUACCCUUGUAUUCCAGAAUAUGAAGAAGAGGACCAUGAAGUUGCACUCAUUUUUCCUGGACCUAAGUCUGUCUCAAUAAAAGAUAUUUCUUUUCAUCUGCAAAAAAGGAUUCAAAAUAAUGUGAGAGACAAAAAUGAUGACCCUGACAAGCCAUCUAGUAAACGCAAGAAAACUGAAGAACAGGAUUUGAAUGACAGCAAGUGCAAAGAGACAACACUGAAAAAAAUUAUAUUUAUAGAUAGCACCUGGAACCAAACAAACAAAAUAUUCACUGAUGAAAGACUUCAGGGGUUGUUACAAGUUGAGUUGAAAACAAGAAAAACUUGCUUUUGGCGCCAUCAAAAAGGAAAGCCAGAUACCUUCCUUUCCACAAUUGAAGCCAUCUACUACUUUCUGGUAGACUACCAUACUGAUAUAUUAAAAGAGAAAUACAAAGGACAAUAUGACAAUCUUCUAUUUUUCUACUCUUUUAUGUACCAGUUGAUAAAGAAUGCCAAAUGCUCUGGAGACAAGGAAACAAGAAAAAUUACUCAUUAGUUUUUAAGAAGCCACUUUUGUGAUUUUAUUUUGCUAAAAUCAAUAAACUUGUAAUUGUGCUUUGUUUAUUCUUAGGGAA